AUGCCUCUGUUGAAACAUCCAGAAAUUGAUGAAGCCAUGCGCAACUUCGCUGAAAAAGUGUUUGCCUCCGAAGUCAAAGAUGAGGGGGGCCGCCAUGAGAUUUCACCCUUUGAUGUGGAUGAGAUCUGCCCCAUCUCUCAUCAUGAGAUGCAAGAACACAUAUUUCACCUGGAAGCUCUGUCCACUUCCACCGGAAGCAGGAGAAAAAAGCGUUUCUUUGGACGGAAGACUAUUAAUUUGUCCGUUCCACAAACUGAAACAUCUUCCACCAAGCUGUCUUAUAUUGAUGAGUACAUAAUUUCAUCUCCAACCUACCAAACUGUACCUGAUUUUCAGAGAGUGCAAAUCACGGGUGAUUAUGCUUCUGGGGUUACAGUCGAAGACUUUGAAAUCGUUUGCAAAGGUCUAUAUCGUGCAUUGUGUAUACGGGAAAAAUACAUGCAACAGUCUUUUCAGAGGUUCCCCAAAACCCCUUCUAAGUACCUCCGAAACAUUGAGGGCGAGGCUUGGGUAGCAAAUGAGAACUUCUAUCCAGUCUUUACUUCUGUGAAGAAAGGAGAAGACCCCUUUCGGACAGAGGGCCUGCCUGAAAACCUGGGCUAUCACCUCAGAAUGGAAGAUGGCGUCGUUCAUGUCUACCCCAGUGAAGCAGCAGCAAGCAAAGGGGAGCCCAAGUCUUUGCCUUACCCUGAUCUGGACACCUUCUUAGAUGAUAUGAACUUUUUACUGGCUUUAAUUGCCCAAGGCCCUGUUAAGACUUACACACACCGACGCCUGAAGUUUCUCUCCUCCAAGUUCCAAGUCCAUGAGAUGCUCAAUGAAAUGGAUGAAUUAAAGGAACUGAAGAACAAUCCUCACCGAGACUUCUACAACUGUAGGAAGGUGGACACCCAUAUCCAUGCUGCGGCUUGCAUGAAUCAGAAACAUCUUCUCCGCUUCAUUAAGAAAUCUUACCAAAUUGAUGCUGACAGACUGGUCUACAGUGCCAAGGAGAAAACUCUGACCCUAAAGGAACUUUUUGCGAAAUUAAAAAUGCAUCCCUACGAUCUGACUGUUGACUCUCUGGAUGUCCAUGCUGGACGCCAGACUUUUCAACGUUUUGAUAAGUUCAAUGACAAAUACAAUCCCGUAGGAGCCAGUGAGCUACGGGACCUCUACCUGAAGACAGACAAUUAUAUUAAUGGAGAAUAUUUUGCCACAAUCAUCAAGGAGGUAGGAGCAGAUCUAGAGGAAGCCAAGUACCAGCAUGCAGAACCUCGCCUGUCCAUCUAUGGCCGCAGUCCUGAUGAAUGGCAAAAACUUUCCACCUGGUUUGUCAGCAACCGUAUUCACUGCCCCAACCUGACAUGGAUGAUCCAGGUGCCCAGGAUCUAUGAUGUGUUCCGAUCGAAGAACUUCCUUCCACAUUUUGGAAAGAUGUUGGAGAAUGUUUUCAUGCCAAUAUUUGAGGCCACUGUGAACCCCCAAGCUUACCCAGAGCUCAGCGUCUUCCUUAAGCAUAUUACUGGCUUUGACAGUGUGGAUGAUGAAUCCAAACAUAGCGGCCACAUGUUUUCUUCCAAGAGUCCCAAGCCUCAGGAAUGGACCAUGGAAAAGAAUCCAUCAUACACGUACUAUGCCUACUACAUGUAUGCAAACAUCAUGGUGCUCAACAGCUUGAGAAAAGAGCGCGGCAUGAACACGUUUUUGUUCCGACCUCACUGUGGGGAAGCUGGAGCACUCACCCACCUGAUGACAGCAUUCAUGACUGCAGAUAACAUCUCUCAUGGCCUCAACUUGAAGAAGACUCCUGUGUUACAGUAUUUGUAUUUCUUAGCCCAGGUUCCCAUCGCUAUGUCACCUCUAAGUAAUAACAGCCUGUUUCUAGAAUAUGCCAAAAAUCCCUUUUUAGAUUUCCUGCAGAAAGGGUUGAUGAUCUCGCUGUCUACAGAUGAUCCAAUGCAAUUCCACUUCACCAAGGAGCCUUUAAUGGAAGAAUAUGCUAUUGCUGCGCAAGUUUUCAAGCUAAGCACCUGUGAUAUGUGUGAAGUGGCAAGAAAUAGUGUUCUGCAAUGUGGGAUUCCUCAUGAGGAGAAAGCAAAGUUUCUGGGCAGCAAUUACCUUGAAGAAGGCCCUAUAGGAAAUGAUAUCCGGAGGACAAAUGUAGCACAAAUUCGCAUGGCCUAUCGCUAUGAAACCUGGUGUUAUGAACUUAAUUUAAUUGUCGAGGGUCUUAAAACAACAGAAUAA